CGGGAUUGUCUCUGCAAUGAUAUCCAACCCUGUUACUUGGGCUGUCCGAAUUAGUGUGAGGUGCUGGCGACACCGAGCCGUGUUUAAAGGGCUUCCAAUAGCCUCAGGCGUCGGCAGCUGGCGCUGGUACUCUGCUCCCACUCGAAGCAGUGUCUCGGUUAUGGAGGAGAUAUUGGCGAGGGUCAUUGUACCUUUACCUUCAUAUGAAACGAGAGACAAAUUCCCACCUCCGCCCGAAUCGACUAGUUUAGAGUUCAUGAACUUCUAUAGAGGUCUCGAAAAGGAAGACAAGGUGGAUUUUCUGUCCAAGCUGUCAGAGGAGUGCGGAGUGGAUCAUAAACUGGUUUCAGAACUUGCUGUGAAGUUACUGGACACUCAGCGGCGGGACCAGGCGACCAUUCUGCAAGCUGAGGACAGACUCCGGUACAGCUUGACGCCGCGGUACAAGCAGCUGUUCAGCCAUGUAAGCCGGGUUGAAGGUGGAGUGAAGUUCCUGGUGGAUCUCCGUGCUGAUCUGCUGGAAAUCCUCACAUCUAAAGCAAGCGAAAGUCCACACAUCAGGGAACUGAACAGUACCCUGAAGAGCCUGCUGUCCGAGUGGUUUUCUGUAGGUCUGCUCCGACUUGAAAGAAUCACCUGGCAGUCCCCCUGUGAGAUCCUGCAGAAGAUCAGCCAGUAUGAGGCGGUGCAUCCUGUAAGGAAUUGGACGGACCUUAAGCGCAGAGUGGGCCCAUACAGACGGUGUUACGCCUUCACCCACGCCGCCAUGCCAGGAGAGCCUUUGGUUGUGCUGCACGUGGCCCUCACUGAGGACAUCUCCAAUAACAUCCAGAGUAUUGUUCGUGAAUUUGCAACACUUGAUGCAGAGGAGGACAUAAACAAGAUCAAUUCCGCCAUCUUCUACUCCAUCUCCUCAACCCAGGCUGGCCUUCAGGGUGUGGAGCUGGGCAACUUCCUCAUCAAGAGGGUGGUCCGAGAACUGCAGAGUGAGUUCCCUCAUAUGGCUCAGUUUUCCAGUCUAUCACCCAUUCCUGGGUUCUCAUCCUGGCUUCAAGGCCUUCUGAGCCAGUACAGGAAGGAAGGCCGGGCAGCGGACCUUUUGUCCGAGCAGGAGUGGAAAGAAGUGGAGAAGACCAUCAACACUAGCCCAGGGACUCCACCUGUGGACUCUUUGCGUAAGCUUCUUGCCACCGGUGAGUGGACGCGCUCAGAGAAGCUGUCCCACGCCCUAGAGCCUGUCCUCAUGCGCCUCUGUGCGUGGUACCUCUACGGAGAAAAGCGGCGAGGCUAUGCUCUCAAUCCUGUGGCCAACUUCCACCUGCAAAACGGCGCCACCAUGUGGCGGAUCAACUGGCGUGCUGACACCAGCCCCAGGGGCAUGGCAAACUCCUGUGGAAUCAUGGUGAACUAUCGCUACUUCCUGAACGAGACGUCUAAAAACAGCGCUCUAUACCUUCAGAAUAAAGUUGUGGCAGCAUCAGAGCAAGUUUUGGGGCUUGUUUCCCAGUUUCAGAAAAACAGCAAACUGUGACUCUGUUACCUAUAAUAUUAAUGUGGUAUUCCAGGUUAUAGUUUACCUGCUGUUUACGACUAAAAAGGUGGUCUGUUAUUUUACUGGAGCUGUCUUUGAUGUUUGUCAUGUUUCCCCAAAUAUCAACAAUCAGCACCACCACCGAAUGAACCACCUGACGUCGUAGAGGAACAGAAAGUAGGACAUUUUUAACAUGAUGUAAAUCGUCCCAUCUGCUAUUUGGCUCAUUAGAUUUCUAGCCAAAGCUGUUUGAUAUUGUGUAAGUGAUUGUCAGAGCAGACUGCAGCUAAUGAAGCAGAAGGCAUCUAUCAAUGCCAGAGCAUGCUGGUGGAUAAUAGCAUGUAAUGGUGAGGCCGGUGCAGGGAGGGUGCGCACCUCGUGGAAUAAAUGAUGUUUAUACAUUCAUUUGGCUGAGCUGCUUCACUGUAAACCCAUCAGAGAUGGAGAGAAAGACAAGUAGAUGUUUUCUUUACUAUUGUCAGAACAGGAUGUGUCUCUGAUUUUCCGCUUUAAAAGUCAUUACAGAAGGCAUGGAGUCACCCGCGGGGAAAAAAUGGUUCAUAAUAAAUAAACUGAUUUUCUGUUGAAUGAUCAAGCCGAUGGUGUUUCACUGAAUGUCUUCAGCUGGACGCUCCUUUCUGCUCUCUCUCCCACAGAGAGACAUAAGCAUCCUCUAAAGAUCAUCACUGAUAUCCUAAGGACUCGGUACCUGUGCAAAGCAGGUCUAGAAUCAUCCCACAUCCCUUUGUUGGCAAAUAAUAUAUGAAAGCAAGUUAACUGUGAAAAUACAUUUUAUCUCUCAAAGGA